UUAAUGGGCGCUAUCUGAGAGAGAGAGAGAGAGAGAGAGAGAGAGAGAGAGAAUGGAAUACUCAACACUUCUACUGUCGAUUUCCACGGUGUGUACAUGUAUCUAUGUUCUCUUUCAUGCAAGAGAGAGACCCGGUGCAGACAAGCUCCCACCAGGCCCCACCCCUCUUCCGAUCGUGGGAAGCCUCUUCAAACUCGGUAACAAGCCCAACGAGUCACUCGCCGAGUUGGCCAAAACAUACGGCCCGAUCAUCUCUUUGAGACUCGGCCGUGUACUAGCAGUUGCCGUUUCGUCUCCUAGUAUGGCCAAAGAGGUCCUCCAAAAACACGAUCAGGCCUUGUCUGGUCGGCCGAUCUUGGAUGCCGUUCGGGCACUAGGCUUCUACGAGAGGACGAUGGGAUGGCAACCCACAAACAUGCACUGGCGGAAGCUCCGGAUGAUGUACAACACGCAGAUCUUCACCACCCAAAGGCUCGACGCCGACCAAGCACUUCGUCGUCAAAAGGUGCAAGAACUCAUUGAUCAUGUCUGCGAGAAUUGCCUGAUGGGUCGAGCCGUGGACAUCGGGCGGUCUGCUUUCGUGACCACUCUCAAUUUACUCUCAAACACCAUCUUGUCCGUUGAUCUAGUUGAUCUAAAUUCCGAAUCAGCACAAGAAUUCAAGGACCAUGUUCAUGGAAUCAUGGAAGAACUGGGGAAGCCAAACCUUUCGGACUACUUCCCACUGCUGAGGCCGAUGGACCUACAAGGUGUGAAGCGUCGCAUGGCGGGACAUUUCAGAAGAUUGUAUGAAAUUUUCGACGGUGUCAUCGAGGAGCGUUUACAGUCAAGAGCCUCAUCGGAAUAUCACAAACGAAAUGAUCUUCUCGAUGUGCUUCUCGAUCAUAGCCAAGAUGAGGACUUGAAGCUCAGUCGAAGUGACAUCAAAGCAUUACUCGUGGAGAUAUUUACAGCAGGGACGGACACCAGCGUGACCACCAUGGAAUGGGCCAUGGCUGAGUUGCUUCGCAAUCCAAAUGUCAUGGAAAAAGCUCGAUCAGAACUCAUGGAGAUGAUAAGUUCAGGACACCCAGUUGAAGAAUCCGACAUUGUUCGGCUCCCUUAUGUACAAGCAAUCGUGAAGGAAACAUUGCGGAUACACCCACCGGUGCCUCUCCUCGUCCCUCACAGAGCUGAAGCUAGUGUGGAAGUAUGUGGUUACACUGUGCCCAAGCACACACAAUUGUUCGUGAACAUAUGGGCCAUCAAUAGAGAUGCCAAACUAUGGCCCAAUCCUACUUCAUUCUUACCAGAGAGGUUUGUGGGAUCCGAUAUCGAUCUUAGAGGCCGAGAUUUUGAGCUUUUACCAUUCGGCGCAGGCCGAAGGAUAUGUCCUGGAUUGAAUCUUGGACUUCGGAUGGUCCACCUGAUGUUAGCAUCCCUAAUACAUUCGUUCACUUGGAAGCUUCCAAAUGGGAUGGCCCCACAGGAUAUGGACAUGAGCGAUAAGUUUGGCAUCACCUUACAAAUGGCUGUCCCACUUCGUGUUGUCCCUAUGAAAGAAAAUUAACGGAUAUGAUUGUUUCGUUAUUGCUAAGGUAAGGUGCAUGUUAAGGCUUGUAUUAGAGACAUUUGAUCCUUUUAUCUAACGUUUGGUGGCUUCCUUCUCA